AUGGGGUCAGGGGUCAUAAUUGGUGUUGUUGACAGUGGUAUCACUCCAAACCAUGCUUCUUUUAUGGAUGAUGGCACAAUGCCACCUAAACCCCCCACAUGGAAGGGGAGUUGUCGUUUCCGCAACAAAACACUAUGCAACAACAAGCUCAUUGGCGCUAUUGCAUUUCGCGGCUCAAGAAGGCCUUCACCAAAAGAUGCUAAGAACGACGGGCAUGGGACACAUGUUGCGAGCAUUGCACUGGAAGUUUUGUUGAUAACGCCGAUGUUCUUGGGCUUGCCGGGGCACCGCAUCGAGCACUCGCACCUAAAAGCUCAUCUUGCUAUUUAUAAGGCUUGCUCCACUAGCGAUUUGCGAGUGAUGCGAGAUAUUGUGGCAGCUAUAGAAGAAGCCAUAAAAAAUGGUGUGGAUAUUCUCUCCCUUUCCUUGGGACAACAAUCUCUUCCUUUCUAUGAUGAUGACAUGAUGAUUGCAACGCUCUCUGCUAUUAGAGCGAAAAUAUUUGUUUGUAUGGCUGCAGGAAACUCAGGCCCUUAUCGAAAAAGUGUUGAGAAUGGUGCUCCAUGGAUCCUUACUGUUGGAGCUAGCACCCAUGAUAGGAGGGUUAGCGCCACUGUCAAACUAGGAAAUGGUGUGGAAGUUGAAGGAGAAUCUGGAUACCAGCCAAGCACUUUCAAUGCUACUGGUAACAUCAUCUUCCCCGGCUUUGGAGAAGGCAAGUAUAGAGACAUGAGCGUCAAUGUGAAAGCUGCUGGAGGGGUGGGGAUGAUAGUGUUGGAUACAUCUAGGGAAGGAGCUACUACUUUAUCUUAUGACUAUGUACUCCCAACAGCUCAUGUCAACUACACCACCGCACGCAAAAUUGUGAAUUACCUCAGAAACACAAGUUCAGCUGCUACCGCAACAAUUGCAUUUAAUGGUACAAAGUUUGGAGCACGACCAUCUCCAACAGUCGGUUUCUUCUCUUCAAGAGGUCCACAUCCUUAUAAUGGUGGGAUAAUAAAGCCCCGAUAUCCUUGGACCGGGGUGAAUAUCCUUUCUGCAUGGCCGCUAGACUCGGACCAAAUCCGAAUGGUCCUCCGGGCUCAUAUUUUUAACUUCGACGAUGGAACAUCAAUGGCCACACCUCAUCUCGCGGGGAUUGCUGCACUACUCAAGAACAUUCACAAGAAUUGGUCAACCGCAACAAUUAAGUCAGCAAUCAUGACAACUGCCAAUAGGUUUGAUCUUGAUGGAAACCCAAUUCUUGAUGACUAUAAGGAACAUAUCAAUCAUGCAAAUGCGAUCGACAUGGGUUCGGGGACAAGAUACAAUGACACACAAGUUUCCACUGUUGCCGGCAGUUUAGUUCAAUGUUCUAUUGUUGGCAGCAUUGCUCCCGAGGAUCUUAACUAUCCUUCCAUAUCAAUAUCUCUAGAUCCCUCGAAAACAAAGUCCAUUAAUCGUACACUAACAAAUGUCGGGGAUGCUAAUGAGGUUUACAACAUAGAUGUUGAAGAACCAAAAGGAAUCACUGUGGUUGUCUCUCCAUCUUCAAUUCAAUUUUCACAAAUUGGCGAGGAGAAAAACAUCACUCUUGAAUUUAGCAGUAAGGGAAUGCCUUUAAACCAAGGUAAUAUUUUGGAUGGGCAACUUCAACUGGACUCUGGAAAGCACUUCAUAAGGAGUCCCAUAUCAGUCACCAUCCUUUGA